AUAUGUGGUAUAGUUUCUGGAUUCAGGCAAAAAUGUGAAAUUGUGAAAUUUCUCAGGAAUUGUUGCAAUCCGCCGAAAGUCAUCAUCAACCUAUAACUCAUGCAUUAAGAUCGAGUAAGAUGGAAGCGAUGGGUUUGCCUCAAGGCUAUGAUGCCAGUGAGCCAGGAAAUAUUUUUGAGGCGCUUAGUACGGAUCCUGACAGGUUGAAACUUGAUGCCUUCCUGUACGGAAUUUCCCAUCAACAUCAUUUAGCACUAGAGCGCACCAGGCAAACGAAUAAGGAAACUGCAGGCAAGAAAAUUGUGUCUGAAAUUCAUAAUUUCCUGGAAGAAGAUGUUGACUUGAAAGAUACACACUUCAUGUGUAUUGCUGGGGCACUUAGUGCAUCGUUGGAGGUGUGGUGUCCUAAGUACGAGGUUUUUCAAAUAUAUCUACCUUCUGUUUGCCAAGCUAUGCAAGGAGUAGGCAGUGUGGCUUUUACUCUUUGUAAAAUAAAGAAGGACCUGUUUGCAUUCUUGGAGCCAAAAUGGGAAAAACGACAAACUCGACACCCAACGCAGCAUAAAAGUUUAAAUUACAGGAGAACUUGGAAUGGAGAAAAUGAGAGAGUUGCUUGUUUCGGUGGUAUAAGCAUUUACAAAAGAGAUUUGAAUACACUAAAUGAUAAUAGUUGGGUAUGCGACACCAUCGUAGACGUCCUGUCAAGGCACUACCCAAAAAUCUAGGUGUAGCUGAAAUAAAGGACGAAAGUCACUCUAAAUGCAUGGCUAAUGUGUCAAAACAUUUACAUUCUUAUUUAUAGGUACUACUGUAAAUUAGCAGAAAAAAGAAAUGCAAAAUAUUCCGCAUUUAGCAAUUUUUUUCAAAAGAAACUGUUAAUAGAUGGACCUCCAGGAGAAAGACCGCUGAGAUUAUCAGGAUGUUUCAUUUCAAGAGUGGGGAUGUACACUCCUGAAGAAAUGAAUAAGAAAGUAAAGCCAAAAGAACAUAUAAUACAAUGCAAUACAAUGUGGGCGCUGUGCUGUACACUUUGUGUUGAUUUGUGUUAUGAAAUUUUAUACAAGAAACAUAUUGUACUUAUAGCGAUUAUUAUGUCAAGGCUUUUGCCGCUGACCAGGAAGUUAAUAGGCGCGUGAUCAUCGCCGGGUUAUAGCAAACCCCAAUUGUAACCUAGCUAUACUUUCUAACCUAGAUAUACUUCAUUUAAUGUACAUUUUAGUGUCUUGUGUAUCGUAAAAUGUAAGUAGUUCACUAUUCUAUUGUAAUUUUCAUUUUUGCACACGCCCCAUGUGGAAAUCAACUUGUAUGUUGACAAUGGCAAGUGUGUUAAAAUAAAAUUAUCUAUCUAUCUAUCUAUCUAUCUACAAAUUAAGUUAUAAUCUUAGUUUUUGUAAUAUGAAAAAACACAUAUAUAUUAAAAACACCUUUAUGAUGGAGGCUAA